ACGUCGUGGAUAACGCCGUGACGGCUUGCGACAGCCGGACGUUCGGGUGUGAGGGCGACAUUAGGAAGCGUCGUUGUCAUGACGGCCCAGGGGGGUCUGGUGGCCAACCGAGGCCGGCGGUUCAAGUGGGCCAUUGAGCUGAGCGGGCCCGGAGGAGGCAGUAGGGGCCGAAGUGACCGGGGCAGCGGACAGGGAGACUCGCUGUACCCAGUUGGUUACCUGGACAAGCAAGUGCCAGACACCAGCGUGCAGGAAACCGACCGAAUCCUGGUGGAGAAGCGCUGCUGGGAUAUUGCGUUGGGUCCCCUCAAACAGAUCCCCAUGAACCUUUUCAUCAUGUACAUGGCAGGCAAUACCAUCUCCAUCUUCCCUACGAUGAUGGUGUGUAUGAUGGCCUGGCGGCCCGUUCAGGCACUCAUGGCCAUUUCAGCCACUUUCAAGAUGCUAGAGAGUUCAAGCCAGAAGUUUCUUCAGGGUUUGGUCUAUCUCAUUGGGAACCUGAUGGGUUUGGCACUGGCUGUUUACAAAUGCCAGUCCAUGGGACUGCUGCCGACACAUGCAUCAGAUUGGUUGGCCUUCAUUGAGCCCCCGGAGAGAAUGGAGUUCAGUGGUGGAGGGCUGCUUUUGUGAAUUGAGAAAGCAGCACCUGGUGCCUAAGUAUGGGGCCUCAGUUACACUCUUCCUCUCCCCCCCGCCACUUUGUUCAUUGUAUUUACUUUUCUUCUAAUUUUAUUUUAUUUUUAUUAGC